CGCGAUCCAGCAGCUGAUGCUGAUACGCGCCAAACUUUCCUGCUGCUAUUUCGAACACGACAAUUGUCGGACAAUUGAAACAAGUGUGUGUGAGUUUAAAUAAGAAAUUUGACGGACAAUUUAAAUUGGAAAAAAAUAAUUGUUAAAUAACUUACAAUGUAGGUCGUAGUCGGGCAGUAAAAUAAAGCAGAUGGUUUUAAAAGGGGGCCAAUAAUUCGAAGAUAACGCACACGAUGUCGCAACCGACUUGAGCCAUAAAAUUCAAUCAUUCUAACUUCGAAAGAAGCGAUGUCAGCACUGCAAUGGGAGAAACUUUCUCCGCAGGAGUUUCAACAGUUGCAAGAUUUAGCUGAAUAUGCCAACAAAAAGCUCGAAGACGUCCUGGUCGAUUUCUGCGGAACCGGCCCUCCAUACAAACGCAAUCCUGAUGGGGAAAUCGAUCUUCAAGGUUUUUGCGAAUUCCUGGACGCCUAUCUGGAAAUCGAGGCGCCGCGCGACCUGUGCAAGCACCUGUUCCUGUCUUUCGUCAGAAAAAGUGUCAAAGUGGAAGGAUCUGCGCCCAAUGUGAAUGCAAUAGGAGAAAUAUGCAUAACCGAAAAACCAAAAUCGCUGGUCGAAAGGAUACAAGGAUUAGGCGAAACACUACUCGGACAUCACAAAUCGGAUUGCGAUUGUUCCAGUAAAGGAAAAUCAGGUACAGUUCAUCCCAUGUUGACAAUAACGCACACGUCCUAUUCCUGUCACGAAGCUGUUGGGAAAAAGAGUGCAGAUUCCAGUCCAUCGCACAGUCAGAUUUCCAGAAAUUCUUCGAAAAAGUCUAACAAUUCAUUGUUGGUUAAUAACGGAAAAUUAGACGAAGAAAGGCACAUUAUAGAAAACACUAUGCUAGUGAACAGCUUGAAAGUGUCUUUGAAGGACAUCGUGUGCUACUUAUCGCUACUGGAAGCUGGAAGACCUGAGGAUAAAUUGGAAUUUAUGUUUCGACUAUACGAUUCAGAUGGAAAUGGUUAUCUUGACAAAAACGAAGUUGAUUGUAUAGUUAAUCAAAUGAUGACUGUUGCGGAAUAUUUGGGAUGGGAUGUGUCAGAAUUGAAACCUAUCCUUCAAGAUAUGAUGAUAGAAAUUGACUUCAACAAAGAUGGUUUGGUGUCUUUAGAAGAAUGGAAACGUGGUGGUCUAACAACGAUUCCACUUUUGGUCCUUUUAGGACUGGACUCGAACGUCAAAGAGGAUGGCAAACAUUUAUGGAGGCUCAAACAUUUCAGCAGGCCGGCUUAUUGCAAUUUGUGUCUGAACAUGUUGGUGGGAUUGGGCAAAAAAGGCUUGUGUUGUACAUUUUGUAAAUUUACCGUGCACGAAAGGUGCGUUGCCAGAGCACCGGCUAGUUGUAUAGCGACUUAUGUUAAAAGUAAAAAAUCUUCUCAAACUUUGCUGCAUCAUUGGGUCGAAGGUAAUUGUCACGGUAAAUGCGGCAGAUGCCGGAAACCGGUCAAAUCUGGCGUUACUGGAUUGCAUUGUAGAUGGUGCCAGAUUACGCUGCACAACAAAUGCGUAUCCCAAGUCAAAGCCGAAUGUGGUCUAGGAGAACAUGCUGUGCACAUGUUACCGCCCACCGCAAUAUGUCCUAUAGUUUUGGACAGGCAAAAAUCAGUACAGAAACGAGGAUCGAGAUACGGCGGGGACAAUGUUAGCAUUAGUUCGUUAACAUCGAACCAAACCAAGCAGCCCGCGAUGUCCUUCCAAAUUACACCCUCCUCGAACACGGUGCCGCUGUUGGUAUUUAUCAAUCCGAAAUCCGGCGGCAGGCAGGGCUACAAGAUUUUGAGAAAGUUCCAAUACAUACUCAACCCUAGACAAGUGCAUAUCCUAGGUUCCAGUCAAGGUGGUCCGAUGCAAGGCCUCAACAUGUUCAAAGACGUUCCGAAUUUCAAGGUGGUAUGUUGUGGCGGCGAUGGAACUGUCGGCUGGGUAUUAGAAUCUAUGGAUAAAGUCGAAUUAGAAUGUCAACCGGCAGUAGCGGUGAUUCCUUUAGGCACCGGCAACGAUUUGGCACGAUGUUUGAGGUGGGGUGGUGGCUAUGAGGGUGAAUCGAUCCAUAAAAUAUUGCAUAAGGUGGCUAGAGGCUCUACAAUUAUGAUGGACAGAUGGUCCAUAGAAUUAUCGGAAACUGCCCAAAUCGAUCCGAGCAACAUCAAAACCAUCGAUACAAGGAUACCUUACAACGUUAUAAAUAAUUAUUUUUCAAUUGGUGUGGAUGCAGCAAUUUGCAACAAAUUCCACAACGAGCGCAGCAAAAACCCGGACCGAUUCAACAGCCGAAUGAAAAACAAACUGUGGUACGUAGAGUUCGCCACUACGGAAACUCUCUUCGCGUCCUGCAAAAAUCUGCAGCAAUCCGUCGAAAUCGAAUGCGACGGCGUCGGUUUGGAUUUGGCCAACGGCCUACCGUUGCAGGGUAUCACUUUUCUCAACAUCCCUUAUACUCACGGAGGGUCGAAUCUGUGGGGUGAACAUUUGGCGGCGUCGAGGAGAAGCAGGAAAAUCGGUCGAGAGAAGGAUAUCAGCACUAGCAGCUUCAAUUCAGUUGAUUUAAGUGUGGCAGUUCAAGAUAUCGGUGAUGGACUAAUAGAAGUGAUAGGAUUAGAUAAUUGUUUGCACAUGGGCCAAGUGAAAAUGGGAAUCACUGCCAGCGGUAGAAGAUUGGCGCAAUGUUCCUCAGUUACCAUAAAAACGAAAAAAACUUUUCCAAUGCAAAUUGACGGAGAGCCUUGGAUGCAACCACCAACAACGAUACGUAUCACCCAUAAGAAUCAAGUACCUAUGCUGAUGGCGCCGCCACCAGAAAAGAAAAAAGGAUUUUUCCGUUUUUUUCGACGAUAAAACGCUUCUUCCCAAAGUUUCUUCCCAUUUUAAAAAGAGUGAUAUUAGAAAACACGUUUUAUUUUUUAUUGAUAAAAUAUCUUGCCCUAUAUUUUUAUAAAUUUCUCUUUAUGCGACAAUUGUUUGUCGCAGAACCAUUCUGUUACUCAUUUUCAACGUACCUGCAUUUUUUCUUAUUCUCUUAGUUAUUAUACACAUUUGUUUAAACUUAAUUAAUAAUUAUUGUCAGUAUUAUUUGAGAUACUGCUGUCGUCUUUUUUUUUUAAUAAGAAAAUGAAAAGCUCUAGACCCUAAGACAUUGAUAUAAUGUAUUAAUUAUUGAAUAGAAUAAUUAUGAUAGGCUUAAGGUAAUAAGGAUAUUGGAUAAAAGAGCAUUUGUCAGGAAAUUUUUAGAAGUCACAUUCGAAAGUUAUAGUCAAUUAGUUUUGAAUCUCAAUAUAAAUAUGACUGGUGCUCGUUUAUCUCGAAUCCAAAAUAGAUAAUUUUCAGUUACUUUACUGUUAAUUUCGCCAUUAAAAAAUACUAAAUAAACAAAAAAUUGCUGAGGAUGGCUGCUAUUAAACAAUAAUAUUAAAAUAAAUCUGUAGAUCGAUUCAAACAAAAAUAUCUCGAGUCGAAUUUUAGGGACCAUCUUGCUUUUUGAACUUAUUCCCGCCAAAACGUGUACCUUGUUGCGAUAUUAGAUCAGAUCUUCCUUUUUUAAAAAUGAAAAUUAAUGUUAAGAAUUAUAAUACGACUGGACUUGAACUGCUUUAUGAAAGAAAUAUUGAGUAGUUUGCUUCAACCAUCUAAUAAAUAUAGACUGAGAGCUAGUGAACUUAUGCUGAAUAAUCAUAUUUCUGAUGGCCCCAUCAUAACAUUAUUUGAGUUGAGAAAGAAUUGUCAGUGUCCAAGAUGUGAAUAAUAUUCACUGCUUCUUAUGUUGACCAACUUGUUAUUUGAUAAACUUUCCACCACUUUCAAAUGGCAUCUUGAUUUGAUUCAAUUUUGCAAUUUACUAUUGAAAACAAUCUGGUUGUAAUAAAUUCCUUUUUCCAAAGAAAAACAUAUAGAGGGACACCAGGGCCCGUAUUCUCGUAACGGGGGAACAGCAUUCUCUCAAGAGAACGAUUGCUCUGUCUUUGUCAGUAUUAUGGAAAUAACAAUAUGGGUGACUAAGACAGAGCCAAUCGUUCUCUUGAGAGAACGCUGUUCCCGGUGACGAGAAUACGGGCCCAGAUGUCCUCUGGAUAAUCCCGAGAGAAAUAAAAACUCAUCACAACAUGUCUAAAACAGGAUUAAACUAUUGGAGAAUUUUCUUUGGGGCAAUGAAAUACUUGAUCUUUAAAUAAAUAAAAGUGAAAUAAGACAGAGGAUGGAUGGAUGGAAAUGGAAAACGUAAGAUAGCUUAGACCUUCUGAAAAAAAGAAUUCACUAGAUAAUUCAGAGAAAUGAGGAAUCAUAAGUAUGGGUAUUUGUAACAGGAAUGUAUUGCUAUUAAUAUAGUAAGCGAUCAGUUGUAAACUCAUGAAAAUAAUAGUUUUCAGGACUAAAACAUCUUUCAGAAUUAUUGUCUUGUCAAAUCUUGAGUCGCGAUUAUCAAUUGCACUGAAUUGUGAUUCAAUAUAGUGUAGCAAAACGCCCCAAGUACUCUAUGUAAUUAGUAAGCUGGUAAAUGGCGAGCGGUAUAUUGAUGGUGUUUAUUUCCUUGGAGCUGCUACCUAUAAAAUUGUGGAAGGGUCUAUUUCCAAGAGAGAGAAACAAACUAUUGAGGUUUACUAAAUUAUAUUUUAUUAUACAUAAAACCAAAAAUUUAAAACAGUAAAAUAUCUUCCAAUUCUGACAGCCUCAUCUAUUUUUCUAAAUUCAAUUACUUCACAUCCGUUCAAAAUGUCAUUAUUACGGACCACUGAAAUAUCCCUACUAAUAAAGAAACGCCCUAUUCCUACUAUUCCUAAUAACUUAUAAGUUAACUCAUUUCAACACUUCCGAUUCAUUCCUUUCUAUAAAUUCUUUAAAAUUUCUAAGUCCUUUACUGACUGCUUAUAAAAAACCCAAAAUAAUUACCUAUUUGUUUUAUUAAUAUAGGUAUUACUAACUUAUUCUUAUAAAACCUUACAAUAAUUUCUACUUGAAAAAUAAAACCCUAAUUCAAAAUUCAUUUCAUGAACAAUGAGUUUCCUUUAACAAGUUUCCAAUAUUUUAAGACAACAAUUCUAUUUCAUGAACAUCAAGUUGCUUUUCAAAAUUUCCUAUUCCAUUUAAUAUAGUUUAUUUAAUCAGAACAAUCUAUUUUCGGAUUCCUAUGCCUAGCUAAUAAACCCAACUGUUUAAUUCAUAAUUCCUACUCAAAAUUGUAUAUUGUUAAGAGCAUUAUAAAUUCACUUCAUAUUUUCUUAGCACAAUUAAAUUAGAAUGUCAUUAUAUCUGAAGGCAAUUAAAGUUAUGCAAUAAUGUUCCAUAGUCAAGACACUCGAGUUAUUAAUAUUUAUGCAAUAAAGUUCUAAAGUUAAUUAUAAAGUCAAAAAGUUUUUCUAGUAAAAAUCACUCAAGUUUUUAGGCAUUAAAAGUCAUUGUUAAUUCACUCUUAUCAUUCAGAAUCAUUGAUGAAAGUCAGAAAAUUAUUAACCAAUAAAGUAAUUACAUUUAACUUUUCACACGUAAAAUUACUUAAUUAAUUACUCAAAAUCUUCUAGAGCCCGCACCCAAGUUGAACGAAUUUCAAAUGUUAUUUCUUUCACAAUUUUCCGGACUUUUUCUAAGUUAAAUCGAACACGUUUUUCCCCGAGGCCUUAAUAAGAACUUUCGCGAAUUUCAACUCUUCUGAAUCAUUAGGUACUGUAGACUAUAAUCAACUGGACUGGACUGCUAACAACUGGCAACUCAACUGACAACUGCCUUCCACUUCUAAAACUGCGGUAUUUAUAUUUAAUCGAUCCCCCCAAAUUUUCUCUGUCCAUGACAAUAGGGAACUUGCACAUUAAAUUAAAUAUGAAAUAAAUAAUAAAAUACAAUAACAAUCAUCCUAAUAAAUGAUGCAAUUAGGAAAAGGAUAUAAUACCUUAUCUCUGGUUUUCAAAAUCUUCAAUUGAAAAUACCAAAUAAUUCGAAAUUCUUGACGAGAUCAAAAACGUAUUUCUAUGGGUCCUGACGUCAAAGGGCAGUAAUAAUCGGGUCGCACCGCUGCCACGCCAUGUGCUGCUGGUGUUGUCAAUGUCAAAUCUAUCAUAAACUGCAUACAUAACAACAUAACCAUAAUCUAAAUCUACCUGCUCGCAGGACGCUGUCAACCAAGGACUGUGAACGGAAUUUUGAUGCUGAGUGACGUCACACUUAUCGGUCGUUUCAAAUGGCGAUGUUUCGAGCGUAACUUCAAAUAUUUAUAAAAAAUUAACGGCUAAUUUUUAAUGCUUGAUAUUUGGCAUGACUAUAUCUUUAGUGUAGUACAACACAUUUUUGAAAUAAAAAAAAAAUGUGCAAGUUCUCUAUUAAGAUGAUGCAAUUUCCUUGAAAUUUUUAUCAUUUUUAGUUUAAAAUCGAAUAAUUAUGUCGCAAUAUCCCGAUUUAUCGGGGUUAAAUACAUUGGUUCAAGAAUGCCAUAAAUCAUUCGAUUCAAUUAUUUGGCCUCGCUUAAAAAGUUCAUUGAUCGGAUGUUAGGAUGACAUCACGCUGGGGAAAUAAUAUAAUUUCGAAUGUAUUUGGGGUAACAUUAAUUUGUUCCAUUCCUAAUUUAUCGUUACUGAUUUGGAAAUACCGGAAAUUUAGUUUUUGAUUAUUUGAUAUUAUUUAAUUUUUUACAGUAAAGACAUUGUGAUUUAUGGGUCUAAUUUCUGGAUCAUUACAAUAGUAAUAUUGAAAGGUAUAUUUCAAAACUAAUCGUCAACUACAAAAAAAAAGAGUCUAGAUUUUGUUCACUUUGAAUUAUCUUUUCAAAGUCUACAAUGUUUUGGUUUUUCCAAAGUUCUUCCUUAUUCAUAUAUAGAUUGGCUGAAAAGUUCUUACAGGUAAUAUUGUUCUCAGAUUUUUUCUAUAUACUCUCAUACUGCCUGCAUAUUAUUUACUUUGAAUGAUUCGGAAAUACUUCCAGAGAAUACUUACUUUUGUGUCUUCACUUUAAGCGACUUUUUACUUCUAGUACUUGGCGUAGGUAAGAAUUACUUCUUUUUUACUGACCAAUUCAAGCCUUUUAUACUUAUACAUAUGAUAAUCCAACAUUUUCAUCAGCAGUACGAGAAAUUAGUUGGAAACAAGUACCUAUAAAGACUUACAAAGUGCUGCAAAGGAUUCCUCAUUGAAUAAUUCAAAAUUUUGAAAUAAAGCAUCCAAAAAGAAUUAUUCCUAUUCCCAAAACAGGAGGUCCAUUAUUUGCUGCAUCAUGUACUUUGGGCGCACUCGGAGGUAGCUCACCUAAUUUUACUAGCUCUCACUUUAUUCUCACGAAAUUUGCCAAAUUUUGAGAACAAUUUUUCCAACUAUUUAUAUAUAGUGCUUUAUGAAACCUGUAAAAUAGCUUAACCAAAUAUCGCCUUGUAAGUACCUAUAAAUUUUACUAAAAGAAAAUAAAUUAUACACAUCAGUAGUAAGUGGAAUGGGAGCACCUAUUCCACGAAAAUAAUGAAAAUGUUAGUUUUUAUAUUUUUUAAUUUAAUUAGAGUUUAGGCAUUGUUGAAAGAAUUCUUAUCUUUACUAUGGUAUUUCGCUGAAAGCGUUAAUUUGUUUUUGUAUAAACUAUGUUUAUUGAUAUUCUCAGUGGCGAUCAAUUUGCCUAUGCCAUUCUUAUUUCUUGUCUCCGGUUUUGUAUUUUUGUUAUAGUUGAGUAUACUUAUAACCUUUUUGUUUUUAUUUUGUUAUUUCAUCUUUGUAAGCAAUUUUCAUUCCUCUCUUGUCUCCUGUUUUGUAUUAUUGUUAUAGUUUUGUGUAUGUCCUUUUUAGAGUAUGAUUUUAUUGCUAAUCAAUUUCGUACUGUAGGUUGUAAUUUUUUUUAUAAUUUCUCCAUUUACAGAUUUGUUGAAUUGCUGAAACUCUUUCGUAUUUUUCUUUAUCUUUUCUUUAUUCUCCCAUCAUGUUAUCUUCCAAUUUCCCACCUACUUGUAUAACUACCUGGAUAUAACUUAGGUAUAGGCAAAUUGUUCCUUCUAUAAUAGAUGUUAUUUAUUAGCGGUAAUCAAUUUAAAAAAAAAAAUAAUCUAGACUGCGCCUAAAUUGAUCGAAAUUAAAUGAAUUAAAACGCUUACUUUAGUUUAUAUUGUACUACUCUAAAUGUAUGGUUAUCGUUAACAAAUGAUGUAAUCUAUAUGUUUGUUGUUAAUCUGUAAUAUGUGUUCAAAUUCUUGAGUGUGUUAUAAAAACUAUUAAAAAUAUUCUAAAUUAUUAAUGCAGUGACUGCUGCCUGAUAUAUUCGAAUUUAGUGAUUGGAAAUGUUGGUUGUUUCUGUCUAGAUAUAAAUUUAAAUGUUUUAAUUGUGUCAAAAGAUUACGAAUAAUCUUUUAACACAAUCUAUGUUAAACAAAUAUUAUUAUUAUAAAAUUAUAUCUACGUUUUUAUAUCAAUUUUAGAACUGCCAUCUAUAAUCAAAAAAAAAAGGUGGAGAAAUCUAUUGCUGUUGAAGCUUUAACUGUAAGAUAAAACAAACCCCCACUGUAUAUCGUAUAAAAGUAAGUUUUAGAAAUGACAUUAUUUGUCCGCGCCUUGUAUAUAUCCGUCAAGUGGGCAACGAUGGCAGAAUUUUAUAUACAAAGAUUCGAUGUCUUCCUAAAUAAUAUAGAAAUUAGCAUAUCGAAAAUGUUUUUGGAAGAGAAGCUGUUAGCUAACAGAGGAACCCUUAGGAGGAAUCAAUAUAAAAGCUUGUGUUUGAAAUUUGUGAAAAAGUAGAGGAUUUGCAGAGGUUUUAAGUCCAAUUUUUAUCAAAAUAUUUACAAUUUGUUUUCCUUUUAUUUCCUCACUAUAACCAGUUAAGUGACCAGAUUUCGUGAUGGUGAAUGGAAACAGUCAAUAUUAGUAUGAGCCCAUCAUGCAAAUCUUCUACACCAGAAUUCACUCACAUUCCCUUCAAAACUAAAUGGAAACUUCUGAUUUGUUCAGGUUGGUGCCCCAAAUUUUUUCUUCAACUGGGCCAUUAGCUCACAUCAAUGGUUUCUGAGAAAACCAAUACAAAAUUUCGAAAGAUGAAACUUGUAUAGACCGACUGGUCUUUUUUGUAAUAUUUAUUAUUUGUUGCCUUUAAUUCAACGUACAGUAAACACCUUUGAUAAUAAAUAAGUAUAGAUACUGCACUCAAUAAGUUUGAUGUAAUAUUUUCAAAAAAAUUAAUAAAUUCUUCCAUUGUUGCCCCUUCUAAUAAAGUCCUAAUAGCUUUACGUGUAACGUCCAAAUGUAACAAGAAACUAUAAUAUUUUGUAUUAUUUAUUGCUUGCAUAUUUGUCUCAUCUUCCAAGCAUACAUAAGCUAGAUUUACAUUUAUUUUUAUAUUAUUCAACAAGUAGAUAUUGAAAAUGGGACACACACACUAUAGUAUAGUAUAAUGUUAACAGUAACUGGGAUGAUUCUAUGAAAGCUGAAGAUAUGGGCUGGCCAUCUAACUACGGCUUCAGCAUGUUGACUUGAAAAAUUCACAGUAUAUCUCAAAUUGAAUUUGUUACAGAUUAGUGAACGACAAUGUUUCUAUAUCCCAUUAUAUUAUAAAGUAUACAUAUAAUCCCACUAUAUAGAAAGUAUAUAAUUGCGGUUUUUUGUAUUGUCACCCAUCAGUUCCAGCUGAUAGAUUCAUACCUCUAAGUCCAGAAUAUCUUUCGUUUAUUUCUACAUAGAUUUUAUUAUUCGUAUAAAUAGAAAUAUCAAGUUACUGAGAAUAUAAUGCUUAUUACACUAAGGUUUUAACCCUUUGUUCAACAAUUUUAUAUAACAUCACAUCCUUCUGUAUCGACAUUAUUUUUAAGUCACCUCUCUGUCAUAUCUUUUUAAUAAUAAUGAUUUGAUUAUAUUUUUAGUAGUUGAAAUAAGUUCUAUGUGAUAUUGUUGAUUUGUUAUGUUUUAUUAUCAUUUAGAGUUGACAUUUUUUGUUAAAAUAAUUUCAGCUGAAUAGUAAAAUAUAUUGUAAUAUUCGUUCCAAGAUUGUUGCAUUUAUUUGCCGCUAAUUGUUUUGAUAAUGACAAGGGCCAUUGUACUAAUGAAAAUACCUCCGGUGUAUCCCCUCCAAUUAGAUGGCCAAAUUGUUACGGAUUGAUAUUUUAUCCUGUUAUGAUUUUGCUUUGAAAAAUUAGAGUUUCAAGAGUAAAAACGACUAUUGGCGAAGCCGGUUUUGUGAAACAGGCGGAACACGC